CGCCAGACUGAGUCACAGCCGAGUCCGAGUCGGAGUCAGUGCGGGUCGCAGUGGCCCGGCGCCGGCGGACGAGGCAGCACUGGACGAGAGUGGUGGUGGACUAAGUAGUUAGUCGGUUGAGAAGCUUGUAAGGGCUGUGAGGAGAGAAGGAAGAUUGCGGGCAGUGGUGGAGUGAAUGUGUGAGGUGUGGAGUGAAGGUAUACAGCGAAACUGGUGCUCGAAGGCGUGGUGCACCGCAAUGUUACAGGGGUGGUGGUGUGGGUGACUGUUGAGAGGCAACUCACGUGGCUAAUGGACAGGUGAAUUACUAGUAGUAGUAGUAGACAGUGCCAGCACAGCGCUGAGUCGGAGUGCCACGGGUAGGCCGAGUGCCCGGAGGUGGAAACGGUGCUCCAGUACGAAUAGUGUCUCGCUCGGUGGUAGACCGGGGGCUCGGUGCCGAACAGAGUGCAUCGAGGCGAACAGUUGCAGUGCAGUCAAGUGCAGUCAAGUGCAGUGCCGUGCAGUGCAGUGUGGCGGACCCUGAACACUCCAGUCUGUGUCUGGGAGUGUCGCACACGGAGCAGUCGAGGCUGUGGGGAGUGCCCGGCGCCCAUAGCACUCCACCCCACUGAGGAGUGUCGCCCUGAGCACUCUAGCACCCUGUGAGGAGUGCCGCGCCCGCAGUAUCACCAGUAGAGAACCGUCUCCGUCCCAUAUGUGGCCGCACCGGCGCUGGGCGCGGCUUGGUGCCGUCCUGGCCCCUCCCCCACUGGUGACGGUGAUGCUGGUGGUGCUGGUGAUGUUUCCGGGUAGCUCCGCAGAGCAGUGGUACCGACCCAGCUCCAGUGUGUGUCUGUUCAGCCCGGCGGACUCGGCAGCACCCUCCUCUGUCCGCUGCCACCUGAACGGCAAUUCGAUCACUAUCAAACGCGUCGACCUGGCGACAUCCAUCCAGGAGAUAUACGUCACGGACGCCAAUAUCAUCGACGUCAAUGACGGCGCCCUAUCACAGCUGGAUGACCUGAGAACCGCCGAGUUCUCUCGAUCAGAGCGGCUUCUGCUGCGCUCCGACAGCCUCGCUGCCUCUGCUAACUCGUCUGCAGGUGGCAGCACCUCUGUGACGGUAGAUGGCGUUAGAGAUGUCACCCUGUUCUCUGAGGCUUUCUCCGGUCGCCGACAAGGCUCGAUCAGUGUGACAGUCAACGGCGCAAAGACGUGUUCAGUAGCCGGAGAAGCCUUUCCGAGUGGAUCCAGCGCUGACCAGGUUCUUCUAAGUAACAUUUCAAACCUCAGCAUGGACAGGAGCUCGUUCGCUGGAGCGAUAGAGGAGUUGGAGCUGAGAAACGUCUCUAGUUCGUACUCAUGUCUGGCCGACACAUUCUCAGGACAGAUCAGCCAGCUGACGCUGGACUCUGUGACCCUGAAUCGGAUCUCGCCGGGCUGUUUUCGUUCCAGUCACCCGUGGCAGAGUCUGGAGGUGAGGUCCAGUCGCCUGGGCGCGAUCCCGCAAAGGGCCUUCACCGGGCAGAUCGAGGAGGUUCGAAUUGAAAACAGCCAGCUGGAGGACGUAGCUCCGGGAGGAUUCGAGCUGAGUGUGACCAACUUCACCAUGGAGAACUGUACCGUCGAUCGACUGACUGGCCACGCUCUGCGGGUGCUGGCUGACGACACAAUCAGCCUGUCCUCCUGUAACAUCAGUCUACUGGAAGACGCUGCCUUAUUGGGUCUCCGAGUCACCAACGACAGUGUCCAACCAAUCACCAUACAGCACCUAAAUGUGACAGAGGCGUUUGAUGGCUCUCUGCGCCUACACAACAGCGCGGGUACCAUCCUCAGCCACAUUCAGCUUUCUGAGCAGUGUGUGUGCUCCGUGGCACCUGAACGCGCCGCGCGGCUCGCUCUCGGCGCACCUCCUCAAGUAAACGCCACCGGCGAGGGGCCAGACGAGGGUCUCUGGUCCCUGCAGAACCUCACUGACGCCCAGAUGGAGGCCGUGCGGCAGACUGCGCUGGCGGCGCACUGCUGGGAGGGGAAGAUGAACUCGACCUCGGCGAUGCUGGCGGAGCUCGUGUGUCGAGGUUGCGUGGUUGGUGAUAUGGUGGAGGACACUCCUCUCCUGCGCUGUCCGGCGCCACUGCCGACCGGUGGACGUCGCUGGAUGCUGUGGCCGUUUGUUUUUAUCGCCGUGCUGCUGGUGUUGGUGGCCGGAUGUGGUCCCCUGCUGAUGGUCAAACGAUGCCGCCCUCCCGGAUCGGCCCCCUCACAUGAGAAGGGUGCGGUGAUCAGUCACCCGGGGGGACCGGAGGCCGGUGACGCAGCAGGGGACUCUCCUCUGAAGGAGGUUCCCAGAGAACGUCACCUCUCGUGGAGAGUGGUCGGGGAGCUGGAGCCGGAGGAGGGCGUCGAACCGACCCUUCCAGUAGCCCUGCCCCUACCGCAGCCUCGUCAUGUCUCCUGGAGAGUGGUCGGGGAACUGGAGCCGGAGUAUCCCCAUUACAGUAACGUAGCCCCGGCCGACCCGAGGCACACAGUAGCCAGUACGGACAGUGUGUGCUCCCCUGGUCUGGGUACAGGACCCAGCUGGGAGUUGGAGAGCACAGACCGGCUCCACACCACCUCAGACUACGGAGAUGUGUUCCAGUCGCUGUGCUCCAUACCAGAGCCGGUGGAGGAUCCUCAGACCGAGCUCUGCAUCAACGUGACGAGUUCUCCGGACAGGGCGGUGACUGGAGCAGAGGAGGAGCAGGAUGUCUUCGCAGAGACGUCACCGACCGGCCGGCCUACUGAGACGGGUCAAAAGAGGGCUCCGACGAGAGGCAACUCUUCUCAGGAGCUGAACAAUCACCGUUCUGAUAGUGGAGAGACGAUAGACAGUUCGCGGCGUUUGUACAGUGAAGAGCCGAGGGAAGGGGACACCUGUCCCAGUUCCCGUGGGAAGACGAGCGAUAUGGUCAACCACUCCCAGACCAACCCAGUAACGACAGCAGCCCACCCGAAGGCCAAGGGUAACUCAGAAAACGACACAACCUGCCCGCAGACCAGCAACCAUUCGGAAAGCUCAGAAGUAAGCCAUGCGACAAUCGAAGACCGGCGCUUCGCAGCCGAACGAGCAGCCUCCCUGGGGAGCCCUCGACAGGACCUGGCUGAAGAGGAGCCCCUGUACGACGACGUUGAAACUGUGACACAACCGACCGGGGCCCCAGCGGAACGGAGGUGCAGCGGAGAGCUCAUUGAUAACGUGCUAUAUGGCCGAGUUUUCUAAACUGUCCGAAUGUGUACCGGUACUUUGCGUGUGAUGAGAAAAGGAGUCGAAACGGCGUGUACAGUGCCUCUAAUGUGCAGAUAUGUAUUGGAUAUCUCAAUUUUGCGGACUGAUAAACGCUUUAAUGGAUACAUCGAAAGUCCUUAGAUUCUGAUUUUUAGCUUCACAUAGUUUUCAAAGCAGUGUUAAUUAAAGGCUUUCGACUUACGACACACCACCGCGAACAACUAUUUUCCUACGAAGCAUCCUACUUACUUGUGUAAUGUGUAGGUAUCAUGUCAUUAGAUGAUAUGCUUGUGACCUGCUUGUUCAUAUCAUCGAUGAUUCAGUAGCUCUAUCAUCUUACAAACUCAUUGAAUGUUUUCACUGUUUUACUAAUUGACACGGGCUGGCGACUUGGCGUGCGUUAAAAUGAAGUGAUAUCGUUAUGGGGCUGAAUGUAUGAACGUCAUGAUGUUCGUAACUCAUACGUGUCACACAGGAAUGACUGAUGGUGCGGUUGUAUUUCGUGCAUUCUCUGGGAAACGGAUGAGUUUUGACAGCCAUCGUCGUUUGUUGUAUCUCUAAGGCAUGCAUACGUUUCAUUAUGCUGGUUAUGCUGGUGGUAUACGUACUAGACAAAAAUAAUAUAUGCCGCCAUA